GCGGUGUGCGUGUGUACUCCUUCACUCAGAGUCCGUGUGUUUGUUGAGGUGGCGGCGGCGGCGUGAAAGCAUCUCGAGAAGUUGGACCAACUCAUAACAACAAGCUGUUUUCCUAUCUUAAUAACUUGUCUAUCGGCCUUGUUUCUGUAUUCCCGUCGGAAUGGAAGCGACCGAAGCACGAGCGCACCGGGGACAACCUGGUGGCCCGUGUUAGUGCGCGCACUCGCCGGGGACAGAAGCACCGGCGACGGGUUGGGGUCGAGGGGACGGCCCCCUUCCACGAGCGAGGACUACCAGCAGUAGAACCGAUGAAUAACCCCGCGGUAUCUGUCAGCUGAGUGCCGAGAUGAUAACCACGUUUUUCCCGGUAAAGAAACUGCGGAGGAACGGCAAACAUGUCCUGUUCGGGGCCAUUCUGCUGGUCGCAGCGUUGGCCGUCUACCACGAGAUGGUAGCGGCCAAAGCGUGGAGCGAAGGCACCGGAACCAAUUCAGAUGAUGGGAGUGGCUGGAGGGGUGCCACACUUGACCAAAGGGUCGGAGUGGGCCAUCCACUGGAGGAUUCCGGAUUUAUGCCGCAAGCUUGGAAACCAGAGUAUGAAGGCCAGGCCAAUUUGCAUGUGUUUGAGGACUGGUGCGGCAGCUCAACGGACGGGCUACGCCGCAACCUGCACUACCCGCUGUACCCUCAUUCCAGGACCAUUGUUCACAAGCUGGCCAUCUCUCCGCAGUGGACAAACUACGGUCUCCGGAUCUUUGGUUAUUUACAUCCGUACACUGACGGAGAGUUUGUGUUUGCCUUGAGCUCUGACGACAACUCGGAAUUCUGGCUCAGCACGGAUGACUCUCCCUCCCAUCUGCAGUUACUCGCAUGGGUUGGAAAGACCGGAUCUGAGUGGACAGCCCCAGGCGAGUUUGAGAAGUAUGCCAGUCAAAUCUCCACAGCAACUCAGCUUUCUGCUCAGAGGAGGUACUUUUUCGAGCUGAUCCACAAGCAGAAUGACAGAGGCACUGAUCACGUGGAAGUGGCUUGGAAGCUGUUGGAUGAGGACGUCAGAUUCAUGGUCAUCGAGUCCAAGUAUAUCUCUCUCUAUGUCAAUGAAUCAGCACUGCUAAUGAGCGACGUUGCGCACAUACCGCAGACGGCAGCGAGCCACCGACGUCGCGCUCCUUGGAAGCACAGUGCCGCCACUGCAGACCUGUUGAGGGAAGACGCGCGGGACGCUCCCCACCGAGUGCCUUUGAUAGGCAGUGGUUUCCUGCAAGGCGUUCUGCCCGACUGCUCGUACAAGCCCAGCUACACAAUCAAAGACUUCCCGCUCACGCGAUACCAAGGGCUCCAGUUUGUCCACAUGUCCUUCAUAUAUCCCAAUGACUACACACGACUCACACACAUGGAGAAAGAGAACAGCUGCUUCUACCCAGAGAACCCCAGCUACAUGAAGAUGUUUGGGUUUUCUCGAUACAUGAGACUAGAUCUACCUGAUGGCCUAGAAAAGAAAAAGUCAGCCAGUGACUACAGCUUCCGGAGAAGAAAGUCAGUCAUGGAGGACGACAAGUUUGGCAAGGACAUGUAUCCCAGCCAGAUGAAGGCCAAAGCGGCCCGUCAGAAUAAUCUUUUCUCCGAUUAUGAGGACGAUUACGAUGAUUACGUCCUGAAACGGAGGCGCAAACUGUUCUCCAUGGCUUUGAGUGACUCUGACACCUUGAAGAAGUCACAUGACACCAGUCGUCAUGAAGCUGGGGUGGGUAGAGGCGUUGUACCUCAUCAGAAGGAAGUAGCAGAGACGUUUCAUUUGGUGGCCACGCAAAGCUCCAAGCAGCAGAAGCUACGAGCGGUGAAACCGGAGGUGCCUGUUAAAAUAGCAGCGAAUGUAAAACUAAAGAGAAAGCAAAACUCUGCAAAGAGACAAAAGCUUAAAUCAGUGGAACAGCUCAAUCCAACUCUAACCAGAAAGAAGGUUGGAACAAAGCACAUCAACUCCAAAUGGAGGGCUGUUAAAAUGAACCAAACCCACGUCCAGACUGGUAAAAAGUAUUUUCAGCCAAUCAACGCUGGUGUGCCAAAGAUCAUUCCCACGAAAGUCACAAAACUGCGCUUUAUGAACAGCGAGAGGUCCAAUGGUGCUUCCAAAAUUGACGUCAAGAGCCCUUUGGUAACCGCCAAACAGAGGAACGCACAUACCAGAAAAAAUUAUAUGGAAAAAGAGAUGGAAAUGCCUGGACUGCAGGACACAGAAAAAAGCCUUCAAGGAAAUUCAGUCCAAAAAUGGUCAAAAGUGGACCAAGCUAGAAAGGAAGAAGUAGUUCACAAAAGGGAGGAAAGUAGGAGAGAGAGCAGAGAGAGUGACGCUGACACUUUAUGGGGUUUGGGGGGAGACUUCGAUGACGAGGACCUCACCCCUGCGCCUGGGUUUGACGCAGAAGUGGAUUGGAGUCAGACCUUCCACGUCAAUCACGUUGACCUGCAGGCAAUGCGUUCCGACUGGAUCGACCUGCACUGCAAUGUCUCGGGUAACCUGCUGCUGCACUCCACCGACGCGCUGCCCGUCGCCAAAGCUUUUGUAGCCCAACUGAACGAGAAGAAUGAAGACCCCUUCACGCUGGUGAGCGUGGUUAACGUGGAGAAGCGAGUGGAUGGCAUCCAGGGCAGCCGCUACCUUCUGGAGCUGGAGCUGAAGGAUGCCAAAGGCCAACUGUUGCGCCUGUCGCACUAUAUCUACACGCUGAUCCGCAACCGCACUCGCCCACGCAGCCAGGAUUUAGGCUUUCGGCGGCCCAAACCUCAGCUGGUGCUGUGCAACCCGGUCGGCUUCUACUGGAACCCCUUGGCCAUGAUCCAUUUCAUAGUGCCGGUGAAAAACCAGGCCCGUUGGGUUCAGCAGCUCAUCGACAACAUGGUGGGCUUGUUCAAGGCGACGGUGGACGCCAACUUUAACCUCAUCAUCACUGACUACAACAGCACCGACAUGGAUGUGAGGGCAGCCCUUAAGAAGUCCUCCCUGCCCAGGUACCAGUAUGUGAAGCUUAGUGGUAACUUUGAGCGCUCUGCUGGUCUCCAAGCAGGCAUCGACCUGAUAAACGAUGACCACAGCAUUGUGUUUCUUUGCGACCUUCACAUCCAAUUCCCUCCCUCCAUCAUGGAUAGCAUUCGGAAACACUGCAUUGAGGGAUUCAUGGCCUUUGCGCCAAUUGUUAUGAGGCUAGACUGCGGGGCCACACCCUCGGAAGGCAGAGGGUACUGGGAGGUGAACGGCUUUGGCUUACUGGGCAUCUAUAAGUCUGAUCUGGAUGCGGUGGGAGGAAUGAACACCAAGGAAUUCACCAAUCGUUGGGGAGGAGAAGACUGGGAGCUCCUCGACAGGAUCCUCCAGGCUGGACUAGAGGUGGAGCGGAUCUACUUACGCAACUUCUUUCACCACUACCACUCCAAGCGCGGCAUGUGGAACCGUCAUGUGUCACCCGGGCCAAGGUGACCCGGUCAAAACUCAUGAGAGAUCGCCCGGAGCACUUUACAGCCAGGCCCUGCUGCUUUCCAAAUGUCGUGACUACUGAUCAACACAACAGGGUUACACGGUGUGACCAAUCAAAGUCGUCGCCAUGGCGACGGUACUGAUAACAUCAGCGUUGUUUCCACUUGAUGUACUGCUGACUACAAAAGACGGUACUAGCCGGCCAGGUUCUGAUCCCUUUGCAAGCGUAUAAAUGAAGACAAUAGUGUAUGUCUCCAACUACAACGUGAUGAUGUGCACACCUUGAUGCGACACUCCAAGGAUGUGUACACUCAAGUGUCUUAAGUCUUGCACAAGUCUUAACUUGAUUUUUUUUUUAACAGAUAGUCUAUAUGAUGCUAUAAAUUAUGGAAAACCUAAUUUAUUGUGGCAUUUUAUUUUUAAAUGUGUGUUGUGCACCUGGUGUCUGUCGUGACCUCUUACAUCAGUCUUAGAUGUGCCUUAUUCAUAGUAAUAAUAUGUCAUACUUAUGUAUUUGUUCACCAAAAAUGGUGAGGAUUUCAGGAUUUUCUGUUUAAAAAUAGCAUAAAACUCAGUUUUAUUUUGUAUUGGAAAAUGCAGCAAGCAGAAAUCAAACUUGAAUACUGUUCCAAUGAUGGAAAAAAACUGUAUGUGUAAAUAUAUAUAUAGGCAACUAAAAAACUGACUGUGCUGUUUCAACAUUACUAUAUACAUAUACACACACGUUUCCUGAUUGUUCAGAAUCCUGUUAAAUAGUAAUGUUGAAGGUGCACAGUCAGUUUCUGUAGUUGCACCGACCAGCUUCUGCAUUCAUUUUGUAAAAUCCCUUAUGCCAUGCUUUUCUUAUAAAUUCAAGGAUUCACUGCUGCUUUCCCUUUUCUUUCAACUUAUAUUAAUAUUGUUAUUAUUAAACGAUAUACCUCAUUACUCCCAACCCUGGGAGUUCCUCUCUUGACUUUUGUAAUAUGUAAAAGUCUCUUCUCUCAGGGACUCUUUUUAUUCACACACUGCCUUGACACAUUUUAUGAAUAAAUUUAUCCAAAAGAA